AUGGUUUAUUUACUUUUGAGUUCUGACUUUUUCAAAAAUUUCUGCAAAUAAAACAAAAUCAUAGAAAAACGUCACGGAAUUACGUACGCAGGUAGAGUUAGCUGGCCAGGCCGUUUUGUCUCAUGACUGUAAACUCGUAGGUUCUAUUUGAUCAAUCUUGUGUGUGCUAUUUACGUUUUGCUUUCGAUCUCUUUCAUAGGCAUCAAUGAUGAAUAUUCUUAUUCUGUUCAUGUUUACCUUUCAUUUAACCUAUCAGCAACAAACGCUGUAUCCUGUUCGAUCUAGCUUUGUAUCCAUUAUUCCCAAUAGUAUCUAUGUAGCAGCAUAUCAUAAAAAUUUGGCGUUGAAUCAGAGUGCAAACAAUUUCCGUGAAUGUUUAUAUCAAUGUCAAAAUAAUGAUUAUUGCCGUACAGCUGUUUAUGUGCAUUAUCCUGUCUUUAUUUGUACCAUUUAUGAAGAAUAUUCUUAUCUUGGACAAAUAAUAUCAUAUAUAGGAGCGUCAGUUAUCCAAUUCACAAUAUGUCCAUCAUACUCACUGUCCACAGACCUAUCAUAUUUGUGUUUUGCAACACCAAGAAAAUCACCCAUUUCUCUUCAACAAACUCUUCAACAAAUGCAACUAAUUCAAACAAUAAAUGCAUCAAUAGCAAGACAGCCAUCCAUAACAUCAAUAGGUAUUAUGACUCUCAAUCAUAGGAAAAUAACUGUUUCUCGUAGACGUCAGAAGCCUAGCGGAGUUAUUGAAAGUCCUAUGGAGAGGGUGUAUUUGGUCAAAAGACUGAGAUCUAUGCCUGGAAAAUGAUGAAUAAUCACCUGCAGAAUUGCUCUUACAUUUUCAUUACGUAUAGAAGUAAAAAACCUAUAUGUUAACCUUCACACUCGACUGAAGUAUAUGGAUAUAAUAAAAAGGAGACUUUUGAAGAUGUUAGAAGCCAAAUGGGACCAUAAAGAACCACAGAAGCUGUGAAAACGCUUGUCUCCCUUUGCUCUUAACACAUGUUUCUUGCUGUUGUUCAGGUAUCUUUCUUCCGCAAAUAAUGACAAAUAUUGUUAACGUUUAUGAUCCUAGUAGUUACAUGUUGAUAGAUACAAUUUAUUUUUAUCCAAAUAUAUCAAUUCUUUAUUUUGAUAUGGAUUUAUUUCAAAAUUUUGCCAUUGUUGAUGCAACAUCUCUUCAUUUACUCCUUUUUCACGGUUCAACAAUUAAUAUAACUCUAGAUAAUGUUAAUCUAUACGGUGGUGUCUGCAUAUCGGAUCAAUAUGUCAUUGGUCUGGGACCACUUUCAACAAUAAAAGUUUUUUCAAAGUUUACGGGCCAACAUUUGUAUGAUCUAAUCGGAUUUGGUUUAUUCUUAGAAUCAUGUAUUGUUAUUAAUAAUUAUUUAUAUGUGCCCACAGGUGUUGGUCUACAAAUUGCAGAUUUAAGACAACAAAAUAAUUCACUAAUAAAAACAUUAAAUGACACUGUUAGUUCAAAAGGAUUUUGGUCAAUAUAUAUGGACGCAUCAGGUCGAUUUUAUGGUGAUUGCUGGCGUUCACCGGCUCAGUCGAUGAUAUUUUACAUAAGCAAUAAUAAUAUAUCAAUACAAUUAGUCGCCAUACCCAUAUUUACUCGAAUAAUUGCAAGAGCAUCGAAAUAUAAAUACACAUUUCUUAAUGUUACAACUACUCAAAUUAUGAUUUAUGAAUAUUAA